CUCGCGUUUUUCCAAACGUCCAGUUAACGUUCGGCUAAACUUCAGAAAAUGUACACAAAAAAAUUUAAUAAAAUAUAACCUGAAACACCGUUACGCGAGUCCACUUGGACAUUCUCAUUCUUUGUGUGUAGAAGUGCGUAUUUGCGUUUGCAGCUUUUAUAUGAUGUUUGGAGAUUUUUGUUUUUUUAAAAGUGACUAUCUGUGUUUGCAGGUUGCAGCAAAAGGUUUAUGGGGUUGUUUACAAAAAGUAAUGUAGCUAGCAUGCUUAAAGAAAAAGGAGGCAGAAAGGUAGUCUCAAAGCGUAUCAAAGUGUACAAGGGGAAAGGGGUCUUCAAGGGCUUACAUAUCUACGCUUUAAAAUAUUAUUGCAGCUUUUUUAUGUAUAUUUUCUACUAAAAAUGCGUGGUUAUUUCAACUUUAACACCUUAGACCUGCCGUUACCCAUAUUGUCCUUUUUUUCAAGUAACGUGUUAUAAUUAAUAAUCAUUAAGUUAAUUUUUCUGGGAGGGGUGAUCUGUACAUUCAGGAAAGGGGUAAGUCAAAAGCAAAGCAUACAAUGAAGUAUAAGAUUGACGACUUAUAGUACGUAUGUGUUUUUGAAUAGACCCAUUAUAGUAGUUGUUGACAAAUGAUUUUUGUCUGUUUUACCUGCAUGUGCAGGGGCGGAUCUACGAAAUUUUCUUAGUAGGUCAUGAUGCUGCGCAUUAAAAAAAAUUUGAAUUACAGCUGGGGGUCUUGGGGCUUUCGCUAUAACGGGCUUUGCGAACCCUGAAAUAGGCUUAAACGGGGACAAAAAACAACCUCGUAAGCAGACGUUUUAGGCCUUGAUAACAGAAACAAAACACUCUCAUAAACGCCCCAGCACCACACAAACACUUCAAAUAGAAAACAGGAAGCCCUGCGGCUCGAAGAUUUCCGUUGUAGUCUGGAAAAUUGUAAAAUUUGAAGUAGACCUUGAAAACGGAGAAUGGGGUAAACAAAUCAUUGAGUAUACUAAUUCUCAAUUAUUAUUGUAACUAACCUGCAAUGUUAAAAUACAACUUAAUAAAUAAAAAAUAAAAUAAUUUUUUUUACACAUUAUAUAUAUAGUACUCUAAAAUAAUAGUAAAACUUUAACUGGAAAUUUUUGAAACUGAUCUGGAAAAUUCUGGAAAUACCAGGAUACAAAUCUUGUUAUGUAUGAACAUGAAGAUUUGAAUAUAACUUCUGAACAAGUUCAAUUUCAAUGAAUUAUUAUUCAAUUAAUUCAGCAAUAAAUACGUAUUAGCAUUUGAAUAUUUCAGUUUUUAGGCCUUUAAAAUUCACUCUCAUUGAAGAUUUUUUGAAAAUGCUGAUGGUGCAUGGUUUGAUAACAGCUGAUCUAAGAAAGAAAGUACAAAAUGAGAAACAUGAAUACAAUUUUACCAUAAUUAACACCCAGGUUGUUUUAUUAUUGUCUCCUUUGCCUCUUUGAUUUAAAGAGGGAAUUUAUUAAAAAGAUACAAAUGAAUGCCAUGUGGUGCACAAGGUAUAUUAUAUAUAUGUAUAUAUAUAAAUAUAUGAGCAUAAAUUUAAUCAAGCUGGCUUUUAAUAUCUUUGUUAAACAAGUAAUAUAUUAAGCAGGCGAUACAUGACUUUAAAACCUGUGGACGAUAUAUACAGGAUGCAUUUUGUCGAAAAUGAUUAAUAUUGAAUUCAACAAGUUUUAUAGCCAGGAGACAGGGGAAAUCGGAGUAGUUAAGGUGGGAAAAAUUAUGCUGGGUCUCAAACGAUUUUUCUGCGCUUUUUGAUUGGCUAAUUCUAUUGUUCUCUUCUCACAUGAUUAAUAUCAGGGAAAGCCCUUUGCAUCCCGAAUAUUCCAGCGAGUGGUUUCACUCACCCUAAUAAACAUUAGUGUUAUACAAAGUUUUUACCAAAGUAAGAUUUAACUAAGCUUGGUAAACAACUUACAGAUAAAUUAAAAUGUUUUCUGAAGCGAUUAGUCACAUUGUUCGAUUUAAACUCGGUGUUUCCGCUGAGUAAUUCGUUCGCGUCUAAGCUUUGGUUUGAGAGAAACUCAUUAUAUCAACUCGAAGAAGAAAGCUUAGUUAACUAGGCUACAAAUUUUAUCAUUUAUUAUCCAAAUUCUCGAAUUUGAAUUUCUUUUUGGAGAGUCUGAUUAGUUGCAGUUUUUUAUUUUGAAGAAAAUAAUUGGUCAUUGUUUUGUGUGACAAAUCCAAAAAGUUGAACAUCAGUUCACCCCUGACUGUUCGGUGCAAGCAACAAUAAACUUUUGACAACUUUUCUGCAGAAGAUAUAAAAAAAAAUAAUAUGAGGAAUAUCUUUUUAUCAGAUAUAAGUUAUUUUAGUCCCCCUUUCCCCAAAAGAACAGGAGUUGAGUGUUCAGCCCCUCGUGGAAAAAUUUCGCAAAGCAGGACAACGGUUUUUUGUUGCUGGCGAAAAAAGGCACUCUAAUAAUCAGAGCACUAUUUUGUGUAGCUAGGUAGCUUAAUAGCUAGUGAAAGUCAGCACCAAUCAAAAAGAGAUCCAAAUCGGCACUAAAAAAUUGGGAUAGCUAGCUAGCUAGCCAGCACACUUUUUUCCACUUAUAUAUAAAAUAAUUCUUACCUGAUUAAAUACAUGAAUUUAAAAACAUAGUAUUUAGCUCCCUAGCUAGCUACAUCAAUAAAGCUACUACGACAUAGUUAGUGGUCAGAGUAACAAAAACGCAUAGCUAUUAUAGAAACAACAAAAGAUAAACAUAAACAACUCACUUCAACGUAAUUGCACAACUAUCCUUCUUUGAUUUCAGGUAGUAUUCUGCAUGGCAAUUUCUUCGGAUAAAACCAAAAGUAAGUUGUUUUUGCAACACGUCAGUAGAUGGCAAAACAGAAUUACAUUUAACCUUUUUAAUUAAUUCAGCUUAAAUUUGAGGUAGCUUAUCAAAAUCCUCGUUUUACUAACUUCACACACUCUCUCAAGCUCUCGAAAGCCAUGUUGAGAACAGAAAAAAUCUUCCGCAUGCCCUACUGAUAUUUAUACCAAAACGAAACUAUUUUGACAGGUUUGUUCAAAACUUUCUGACUAAAAAUAGGUCAGGCCCACAUAGGUUGAUUCUAACUCACGGUGAAAGCCUCACAGGAUGACCUAGAGCCAAGAUUGGCUGGCUUCAAAAUUUCUGACUAAAAAUAGGUCAGGCCCACAUAGGUUGACUCUAGUCCACGGUAAAAGCCUCGCAGGAUAACCUAGAGCCAAGACUGGCAGACUUCGAAAUUUCUGACUAAAAAUAGGUCAGGCCCACAUAGGUUAAUUCUAGUCCACGGUAAAAGCCUCACGGGAUAACCUAGAACCAAGGACUGGCUAACACAGGUCAGGUCAACAUAGGUUGAUCCAAUUUGCGUUAUGAGAAAACAAGGCAGAAUAUUUCAAUCUUCACAUUCCGGGUAAAUUCGACAGAAUUUGAUCCUCUGCAUUUUUUUUACUAGGUCGCAUGACAGCGUUGACCUAGUCUAAAUCCGCGCCUGAUGUGACUGAUUAAUCCUUAAACUAUAACUUCAUUUUUAGAUUGCUUAUUUGAUCAAUUAUAUAUAUUUUUGGGGUCAAAUAAAGGACGUACUUGUUCAUUAUUGUCUAUUAUGGUAACCGUUGGCCUGAUUUUUUUUAUGUUUUUAUGUUAUAUGAUAUAUACUUUUACAUUUUUUAUGCGUGUGCCUGAACAAAGUGUUAUUUUGUCCUAAAAUCUUAUUUUUUGAUUGGGAUUUUUCAAUUUCUUUUUAAUAUUUAUAAAAUUUUAUUUUAAAUGCUUCACAGAUUGCAUUUUAAACGUUUUGAAAGUAUCAAUUGUGCAUGCAAAACAGUAUAAAUAUAAUCUAAUUUAUGGUGAGGUGGAAUGUAGCAAGAAAUUCAGCCGUAUUUCACUGUAAUAUAAUAUAUAAUAAUACUGUGCAAAAUAAUUCUUUAAAAAACUUAACUGGAAAUAAUUUGUUUUAUUCUUUCCAGAUCCUAAUAGUUAUAGACUGUUUGCUGCUCUUGAAAAAAAUCCACUAGAAACAAAAUUGAAUGUGCAUGUAACUUGCAGAUUUAAACCUAACAUGGAAGCUUGUUGAGGUGGGAUGUGCACACGUGGUCAGAUAAAACGCACUGUGUAUCCUUUCAUUGUGCACUUCGAGUGUUGGUGCAACCUCGACGCCAGGGUUUAUAAAUAGAGAAACAGCCCUGGGGUCAAGGUUGGUGUUGGGGCUAAUCAUCGCUUUGAAAAAUAAGGGGUGCAUAUGUAUCAUCUUUGAAAGAACAACUUUUGUAUCAGGGUAAACAAGGACGGCAAGUAGUUGCAACUAUAUACUAAUAGAUAUAGUUGUCCUAAUCUGCUACGGUAUUUUACUGUAGUACGUAACAUCUCUGAGAAAAGGCAUGCAAGUAAAGCGUGCUAGCUGUGUCAGCAAGAAAAGUAUAAACAAAUAUGGCAGCAAAUAUGCCCAGUGAUUUCUCCUUCUUGGUACAUGUUGAAAAAGUAAUUCCACCUAUCCAAUAAUCUUCAUAUAUAUUUCUACCAAGUUUGAUAACUGUUAUUGAAGAUAUUAUUUCGGUUUCGGUGAUAACUGUUGUCACCAAAAACAAUCAAUUUAACAGGUCUAGUUCCGUAUUUAGUAAUCACGACUAUUUUCCAUGGUCUUCUUUCGUGUGGUGUGCACUUUGGUAAAGCCAACAGAAGAAUGUAGAACUUCGACAAAAAUUAUAUGAAAUAGUAACCUGGAAGUGACAUUAAAGAAUUUGGUGUGAGUCUUCAGUUAAUCCACAGGAAAGAAUGAAUUAAUUUUAAAUGUAUGAAGAUGGUUAAAAAAAACUUAACUACAGAAAGAAGUGCCAAGACAACAUCAUCUACAUCCACAUCAAUACUUGGGUCAAGCAAUGAUAAACAUCUUUGCUGUUCUCCUGGAAAAGAUUUUACAGAACAGGAAAGAAAGGAACAGUUAGGUGCUCACGCAAGGAUAAGGUUCAUAUAUUUUAAAGAGAAUUACAAGCCGAGUGGUGAUUUUGAGAAGGAUUUUAGUGAUCUGUGCGCUCUGAUUGGUAUUCCAUCUCUGUAUGUUGCUGCUAGACCUAAAAGACCAGACACUCCCAUUUUAUCACCCCCAAGUACAUGCAUGAGUAAAGGAAAAGAAGAUAAGAGGAACAUAACGUCCCAACCACAAGAAGCAGCGAAACCAAGUGAUAGUGAAGACGCACUUCCCACAACGUACACAGUGUGCGAUAACCUUUACGAUUACUUGAAACCUCGUGUUGAAGUUGAGACUGAAGAAGAUGGACAUAAAUCAUACGUAAAAGAGCUCUACGUUCGAGGCUGGCGAAUCGAUAAACGAGUGAUAGAAGUUCUUUCGAUCACCAUGCCUGAACUGGAUCGGCUUGCUGUGAUUAAUCUGUGGAAUGCUGGAUUGGAUGACGAAACUCUACUAGCCCUUUCUCACUGCUUGGCACUUUCAACUAGCUUAAAAACAAUAAGGCUAGACGGUAAUAACAAUUUGGUCGAGAAGAAGUUCGAUGUUUUUAUGACGGAGAAGAGUUGCAUUCAAAAUAUUUCAUUAAAGAACUGUAAUCUGGACGACCGAGCUGCGUCGUUAUUGGGACAAUCCUUACAAGACAAUAAAAACUUGCUAACUUUGAAUCUGUGUUUCAACAAGAUCACUGAUGUUGGUGCAGGUUACUUAGCUGAAGGAUUGAAAAUCAAUAGAAGUUUGCUUUCGUUAAACCUAGGAAGCAAUGGAAUUGGAGACGAAGGUGCCAAGAAGCUUGCCUCGGCUCUCUCGACAUUCACGUUGAACCACGAACAAAUAGUGGCUCGUAGAAUGCUGAAAUCAAUGCGAAGCAAUGAAGAACUGCUGGGUGCACCCUCCAAUCCUUUUCUGCAAGAUCGGCCGGCUACUGCAAGCAGGAGUUUUAGUAAAGAAGAUAAAAAACAUAAAGAUAAACCGAACAGUAAAAAGAAAGAAUCUUCUAAUAAUAAAUUAAAAGACCCUAACACCAUCAAACGAGGACCUUCAAGUAUGGACACGAACAAAGGUCAAAAGGGACAAAAACAUAAAGCAUCGGCUAGACAAGAUCGCAACAAAACUCCUCAACCUGAGGCAGAGGGCUUGUACGAGUUUAAAAAUCCUUUACUGGAGAAAGUUAUUGAAGAGAAUGGAGAGUUGUGGAUACCUGGAAACCGAUCCCUGAUCAACCUGAACCUAGCUCGUAACCAUAUUGGCGAGGUGGGUUUAAACAUGCUAUAUAAAGCAGUGAAGUAUCAAAUAGAUCUUGCAAGUGAAGCAAAUCGAGUCGUUGGUGUUGGGCUGAUGAGGUUGUCUCUUCAGAAGAACAUAUUUCGUUCUGACAAUCCGACAUAUCAACAUCUCAUGGCGGUAAUGGCGACACGUGAUCCAAUGUACAAUCCGCCAACGCCCUCACCCGUUGAAAAAGAUUUAAGGUAGAAAAAUGAGGCGACACAAAACAUGUUAUGUCGUCACGUCUCUCGUGUUGAUGACGUCUUUUCCAUGGUUGUAAAUACAGUUUAUUUAGAGUUGUUCAUGAUUGUGUUUAUUUCCAGAAGAAUUACACAAUCAUUUCUAGAAAAAUUUCAUGAUACGUAGAUAAUGCUUAUGAAGCAUACGGGAUCACAAGCUUUCGCAGUCAUCAGUUGCGAAUUUCGCGAGUUUCAACUUAUUCUGUGGAAAUUAUAUAAAGUUCUGUAGUUAGCUUACGUUUAUAAACUCUAGUAUUAAAACUUUAUGGAGUCAAUUAAUAAGGGAGUGCCAUGCGUUUCAGCGACUAAAGGUUUAGGCAGAAAAACUUCGGCGGAGCUAUUUUCGGACGACUAUUAAUUUAUCCAGAAUAAUUUCCGCCAACAAGAAAGCCGAUAUUGAAAGAAAAUUCAAUCAAAUUUGUGAUAAGGAAUAAAGUAUAACCUGGUUUUGGUGGUGGUAGUCUUCAAAAAAAUUUUGGGAAUUUUGCUCUGCGCGAAAAUGUUUGAUCCUGAACCAAUACCUUAUCAGCGGAAAGAAUUAAUAGUGGGGAAAAAUUUAAGUCACUAAUGCAUAGAAUUAAUCACUUUCCACCAACCUAAAGUUGGGUCUCAGACAAGAAAAAAAUAUCUAUCUCAGAGAAAGUAGAAAUUCCUUUCAAGAAAACUCAAUAAAAAGUGACGUACUGUGUUCAGAAAGGUUAAAGUUAGUCGGGGAAUUUUUGUCACUGAAUCUCAAAUUUACUGACUUUUCCACGCGUUCUUUCCUCCAUGAGGUAAAUAAUGUUUUGCGAAGGCUGUGAGUAGAUAUUUAUUUUUGUAAAAAUGGUGAUUAUUUAUUUCAAAAUAAUAUAUGGAAGAAACUUUGUUCUA